CAUAUGGAGGAACGAUAUGAGCCAUUGAAGGACAUUGGUUCCGGGAGCUUUGGAGUGGCCAAGCUUGCCAAAGAUAAGGAAACAGGGGAGCUUGUUGCAGUCAAGUACAUAGAGAGGGGGGAGAAGAUUGAUGAGAGUGUUAAGAGGGAGAUAGUCAACCACCGCUCUCUAAGGCAUCAUCCAAACAUUAUUGGGUUCAAAGAGGUAUUUCUUACCCCUACUCAUUUAGCUAUUGUCCUGGAGUAUGCUGGUGGUGGUGAACUCCUUCAAAGGAUACGCAAAGCUGGUCGAUUUAGUGAAGAUGAGGCAAGAUUUUUCUUCCAGCAACUAAUAAAUGGAGUUAGCUACUGUCAUUCCAUGCAAAUUUGCCAUAGAGAUCUGAAAUUGAAGAACACUCUAUUGGACGAAAAUCCAGCUCCUAGACUUAAAAUUUGUGACUUUGGUUUCUCCAAGUCCGCUUUACUGCACUCUCAACCUAAAUCAAGAGUUGGAACUCCUGCAUACUUUGCUCCAGAGGUUUUGUCACAAAAGGAGUAUGAUGGAAAGAUUGCAGAUGUUUGGUCAUGUGGUGUGGUUCUUUAUGUCAUGUUAGUAGGAUCAUACCCAUUUGAAGAUCCAGAAGAUCCUAGAAAUUUCAGAGAGAGUAUUAGGAGAAUAGAGAGUGUUCAAUACUCCAUACCUGACUAUGUACGCGUUUCUGCAGAGUGUAGGCAUCUUCUCACUCAUAUUUUUGUUGCCAAUCCUGCCGAGAGGAUCACCAUCUCAGAGAUAAAGCAACACCCUUGGUUUCAGAAGAACUUGGCUAGAGAGAUGAUUGAGGCUGGUAAAAAAGGUGGUGAUGAAACACAAGAGGACCAACCAAGCCAAAGUGUGGAAGAAAUCAUGAGAAUCAUACAAGAGGCAAAGACACCAGGACUAAAAACCAAAGGUGGUGAGAAUGCUGGCACAUGCUCAUCUAAUGCUGUGGAUGUUGAUGUGGCUGGAAAAGAAGUUGAUGUUAGUGGAAGGGGCAGAGCCAGGAAUUUACAGCAAGGGGGGCCGAGAUCAAAUAGCAUAUAG